GCCUGUGCAAUCCGUUUAGCGAACCUCCAACGCUUUGGCGAGCUUUUGUUUAUCAUGGAAUGAUUUUAUUUCAUCGUCAAAUUUGAAGAAUUUUUUGAUGCUGCCUUGUCUGAAGAAUUUCCAGCUGCUCUGAUGAUAGCUUAAGAAGACUGCAUGCUGUUCCCUCUCGAUGCCAAGCCAGGCGCACUCAGAACCUCAGAUUUCAGUCCUUCAUGGAGAUCAGGUCCCAGCAGGAAUGGCAGUGCAAGAAAUUGGCACCCAGAUGGUUCCUCCGUGUGAAGUUGUCUCGGGCUUUGGGCUGACUGGAGAACACCUGGUAACUGUGCUAGCCCUCUGUCAGUCACCCAGGGCAGCAUGGUGCGGAUUCAGAGGAGGAAGAUUUUGGCAUCUUGCCUGUGCAUGACAGCUACUGUCUUUCUGCUCGUCACACUCCAGGUUGUGGUUGAGCUGGGAAAAUUUGAAAGGAAGACAUUUAAGAAUUCCAAUUUGCAAGAUGGACUUAAAAAUUCGGAGGAAGAACCUAAACAUCUCAAUCCAUUUUUUAAGAAAGAAGCACUGACCUUGACUAGGAAGAAAAAACUGGAAAUCAAUAACCCCAUUAUGCUGUGGUGGUCCCCACUGACGGGGGAAACAGGACGGCUGGGCCAAUGUGGAGCAGAUGCCUGUUUCUUCACCAUCAAUCGGACCUACUGGCACCAUCCCAUGACCAGGGCGUUCCUCUUCUAUGGUACUGACUUUAACAUAGAAAGCUUACCUCUGCCUCGGAAAGCCCAUCAUGACUGGGCCCUUUUUCAUGAAGAGUCCCCCAAAAACAAUUAUAAGCUCUUUCAUAAGCCAGUCAUCACCUUGUUCAACUACACUGCCACUUUCAGUAGGCAUUCCCACUUGCCACUGACUACCCAAUACCUGGAGGGUGUGGAAGUCCUGAAGUCACUCCGAUACCUAGUUCCUUUACAGUCCAAAAACAACCUAAGAAAACAACUUGCUCCUCUGGUGUACAUACAGUCAGACUGUGACCCACCGUCAGACAGGGAUAGCUAUGUUCGUGAGCUGAUGACCUACAUCGAGGUUGAUUCCUAUGGUGAGUGUUUACGAAACAAAGAUCUCCCUCAGCAGCUGAAAAAUCCAGCCUCCAUGGAUGCUGAUGACUUUUAUAGGAUUAUCGCACAGUAUAAAUUUAUCCUUGCUUUUGAGAAUGCAGUUUGUGAUGACUACAUCACUGAAAAGUUCUGGAGACCACUGAAACUGGGAGUCGUCCCUGUCUAUUACGGAUCCCCCAGCAUUGCAGACUGGCUUCCAAGUAACAGAAGUGCUAUUCUUGUAUCAGAAUUUUCUCAUCCCAGAGAACUGGCGAGUUACAUCAGACAACUGGAUUAUGAUGACAGAUUGUAUGAAGCCUACGUAGAAUGGAAGCUGAAGGGUGAGAUCUCUAACCAGCGGCUUCUGGCCACUCUCAGGGAACGGAGGUGGGGAGUGCAAGACAUCAAUCAGGACAAUUACAUCGAUGCAUUUGAGUGUAUGGUGUGCAGCAAGGUGUGGGAUAACAUUAGGCUACAGGAAAAGGGUUUACCCUCUAAAAAAUGGAAGGCUGAAGUUACGCACCUGAGUUGCCCAGAGCCAACCAUGUUUGCUUUCUCAUCUCCAGCGCCUCUGGCUCCACGUCGGAACUCUCUGCGGGAGAUGUGGAUACCAAGCUUCCAGCAGUCCAAGAAGGAAGCCCAGGCACUGAGGUGGCUGGUUGAUAGGAAUCAAAAUUUUUCAACUCAAGAGUUUUGGGCUCUAGUAUUUAAGGAGUAAUUUCAAAAAGUAUCAGAAUAACACAGACUAAAUAGCCUUUAUGAGGUUUAUUUUAUAGGUUGCCUUAAUGUUUGACUCUAAUAGCUAUUCUUUUGACUAUCCUUUAGGAUAAGCAUUAGUUGCUGUAGCUUUCAUAAUGAGCCCUAUCAAGUAACAGAUACGAAUUAUUACCCUUAGGGGUUGCUUCUGUAUUUUUUAUAGUAAAAGAGUAAAUAUUUUUUAUGGACAUUGACCAUCUUCAGUUUACAUGUUUGGACCCACAAACUUGCUGCUUUUUGUAAAAAUUCACCUAAAUAGAGUAUUUUCCUUGCUGCAGUGGAGGCAGAGUAUCUCGCUAUGGAUUUUUGAUAUUCUCUCCCCUAUGUAUGUCUUAAACUAUAGGCAAUAUACUGGUAUUUGGCAAGUCCAGUGUUUCAACAUUGAACAUGAACAUGAAAUGUGUUAGAAUUUGGCAAUGAGAGAUUCCGUCUGUUUGUUUCCAGGGAUGUGCCUGAGUAAGAAAAACUGUGUCAAGCUAAUUCACCAUCUGCUUUUUAGUCAAAAGAACAUAUAUUCAUAGCUACAUUCUCUGUGUUCUCAGUUGCCUUUCUGACCUUUCUUAUAUUCACCUUGCCCUAGGCUGCCUUGUGUCUUCCCUCCGAAGUGGAAUGUCUCAUAGAUGAGUAAUUUCUCCUUGUGUAUUUUGAUCAGGGGGAUUAACCAGUUGUUCCUUAUACUUCUGAACAGAAUAAUAAGAGUUGUCUGGUUUGACCGGACAGCCUGUAUGUUUCCAUCAACAUGAAAGUAGAACUGAAUGCCCCAGGCACUCCAGUUGUGUUGAAGCUUAUUUGUCUUUAGGAUGAUGUACAGCCUGUCAUGGCAAGCAGCCACAGGCGUUCAGUUUGUGAGCAUUUCCUGGUUUGUGAUCCAGUUAAGGGUCAGCUGUCUUGUCUGAGGUAUCUCCUGGAGUUCCAUGAAAGACAGGGAGAAGCAACACUGGCUUUCAUUUCAUAGAUGGUGGCCAAGUGCCCUUGAUGUGCCUAGCAAUGGAGCUGUGUCUUCCUUUCACAGGGUUCUCUCUGACGUGACACCAGUGUGCGAGGUCACCUUGUUGAGUGGGAGAAGGUGUCUAUGACUAGGUUCUUCCCAGACCCAGGUCUGCCAUAAAUUAAAUGUGAUCUUGGACACAUCUCUUAACCUACCUGAGCCUUGGGAUUUUUUUUUUUUUUUCUGUUUUAUUUCUGAUACUGGAGAUUAAACCCAGCACCAGGGGCUCUUUACCAUUGAACUACAUCCCUCAUACUUUUUAUUAUUUUUUUAUUUUUGAGGCAGGGUCUCACUAAGUUGCCUUGAACUUGAAAUCCUCCUGCCUCAAUCCCUGAACUGCUCUUUUAAAAAAAUUUUUUUUAUGAUGCUAGAGAUGGAACCAGGGUCUUGUUUCUGCUAGGCAAGCACUCUGCCACUGAGGUAUACUCCCAGCCUAGUGGGGCCUUAGAUUUUGCAUCUACAAAGAAGUGAUGCGGCUAGUCUUUGAAGUUUUUUGUGUGUAAUAUUCUUUAAUGUACCAAAAUAUAAGAAGUUUAAUUUAGUAGGUACAAGACAAAGAGUUGACUUAUGCCUCCAGCAAGAUAUUAUGGUAGCUUAAGUUCUCUCCAUAAAUGCCUUAACAAAUAUUCAGUGCUCAUAUAUAUAUAGCAUGUAUGUCUUAAACCUCAGUAAUUCAUACACUUUUGUCCUAUCCUAGUUCUUUAUGAAGAGUUCAUAGAUGAAAUCCUUCCUAAAGUUUUCUGAAUUAUGUAUCCCCAAACAAAUUUAGGGAAUUAAAAUCAUGCAAUGCAGUCUAAGGGUUUUGUGGGGGAAAAGGAUGGUGAAAAGAGAAAUCCCCAGGCUUGGAAAGUGGAUGUAUUUCAAAGAAAAUAACUUAGGGGUUCUUCGGGACUCUGAGUAUCUACCCACAAAUUGGAGAUUUAUUUUUUUGCUUAGCAUGUGCUUCUUUAACAGUGUUUGCAUUCAUGAGACAAUGCUGUCUUGUCUGAUAAUCACUGUUACAGGGUGAGAAGUGUGUCCCCAUAUAGCAAGAUUCUUAUCUGCAAAUAUGACUACACUUUGUGAAUACAAUUGUGUGCAUUCCAUCAUGCCACACCUUGCUCUUCACUUCACUGUCUUCAUUUGUGAAAUAUGAUUGACAAAGGGGCCUACAUCACAGCACUGUUGACUCAUGGCUAUGAAAACUUUGUACAAAACAGCUUUCUAUUUAGUGCUUCAAUAUAUUUCACUUGGAUUGUUCUCAGGACCAAUUUUCAAAGAGAUAGGACAAGAUGGACAGAAAUCUUUCCAGAAAUGUUGGAGACAGUGACCCCUAAUGCUAGUUAAUAGCCUUCUUGUCUUCACCUGAAAAUGGAGGCAACUCUGACCUUCAGUCAUGUACAAAUAUUUCAUACCCCAAGUGCUGACUAGCUUAUUUGUUGCUGUUAAGGACUAAUUUAUAGUAACUAGAAGAACUAGUUUAUAGUAUCUAGAGUGUCAGUUGGGGUCAUUAGCAUUAUUGUAAUAGAGUGAAUGCAUGAGUAUGCUAUGCACUGCUCAGAAAUAAAAGACACAAGAAAGAAUGAGUAUCAUUCUUUCAGUCAUACAUUGACUAUUACAUGCAGGAGAACCAGCUCCGAAUCGAGAGAACACUGUGUGAAUCCAAGCAUAAUGCAGAGCUGAAAUGGAAUGCCUGGUGUCAUAUUGUACAUUUUAAAAAGCCAUUGGUUGAACAUAAUUCCUGCUAAAGAUGACAGUUCAUUAGGAGAAUUUAUUUGUCUUUGUCUAGGCUGCUGUAACAGAACACCAUGAACUGGGGUGCUUAUAAGCACAGAAGAUUUGUUCAGUAGGCUGAGAAGCCUGAGAUCAAGGUGCCAGCAAAUUUGGUGUCUGGUGAAGGUACACUUUCUCUUUUACAUAUGGCCAUCUUCUUGCUGUGUCUUCACAUGGUUGAAGGGGUGAGGGAGCUCUCGGGGGUCUCUUAUAAAGGCAUUAGUCCCAUUCAUGAUGACUGCACCCUUGAAAGUAUUCAUUCACCUGCUAAAACCAUCACCUUAGAGGUUAGGAUUUCAACUAUGAAGUUGGGGGAAAACACACGUUCAGUUUAUGGCAUUUUGCCCCUGAUGCCCCAAAUUACAUAUAAAAUAUAUUCAUACAUGCAACCAAUCUCAAAAGUCUUCAUGUGUUCAAGCACCAGCUCAAAUGUCUUAUGAUCCAGUCUCAUCUAAAUAUCAUCUAAAUCAAAUAUGAGUGACACUAAGAUUGUUUUAUCCUGAGAUGACUGUGAAACCAAGUAAGUUCUGUGCAUCCAAAAUAUAAGGGUGGGAUAGGUGUAGGAUGGGCAUUCCCAUUCUGAAGGGAGAAAUGUAGGGGGCAGAUGUCCCAGGAAAGGCAAAACCUAAUGGGGAAAAUUCCAUUAGACCUUAAGGCUUGAAAAUAAGCCUUUUAGAUUCUCAUUGUUCGUCCCUCCAGGACCACUGGGUGGAAGUGUCACUCUUAGGGCUUGGUGUGACAGUUCCACAGCACUUUCUGCAGCAGUCCUUCCCCGACUGCUGCAGUUCUCCCAUGCCAGAGUUUUGUUCUGCAUCCCUGGCUCCAGGUACCUCUGUCCUUUGAAACCCAGGUGGAGGCAGAUUUUCUAUGCUACCCCAUGUCCUUUGCUCUCUGUGGGCCAGUGCAGAUUGCACUGUGUGGAUGCCACAAAAGAUGGCUACCUGGGAGGCACAUGCUCGCAAUCCCAGUGACUCAGGAAGCUGAGCCAGGAGCAUCACAAAUUUGAGACCAGCCUUGGUAACUUAGAGACCCCCUGUAUCAUACAAACAAACAAACAAACAAAACCUAGGGAUGUAGUUCAGUCGUAAGGUGCCCCUGGGGUUCAAUUCCCAGUACUGCAAAAAAAGAUAAGAAAAAGAAAGAAAAAUAAGAAAGAAAAAGAGGAAGUGAGAGAGAGAUUGCUGCCUGCACCUGGGUGGCUGAGGAAUGGUGCCAGAGUGCAACAGUGAAGCCUAUGAUGUGCGAUGGUGCUGAGCAGCUCAGGCCCAAGGCCCUCAGGUGCCAUGGUCGCUUUCAAACUGCUCUGCUUCUCUCUAAUCUCCCUUGUGCCUUAAAUGAUUGAUAGGAGUAGCAGCUCUAUCAUUCUUCCAUUGUUUUGGAAAACAGAUCUUGGCUUCUGUUGAAAUAUCUGAUCCACACUAAUCUCCUUAUCAAAUGGUCAGUUGGGCACACCCUUAGUGUUCUCUCUCUCUCUCUCUCUUUUUUUUCUUGAUGUAGGAUAGACUGAGAACUUUCUCAAUCUUUUGCUUAACAAUUCUGUCUUUAAGUCACAUCUUUCUUUUCACAUUUUAUUAUAAGCACUCAGGAGGAGCUGUUAUACCUCUAACAUUUUGCUUAGAAAUAACUUCAGGCAGGUAUCUAAUUUCAUCACUCACAAGUUCUCCCUUCCAUAAAACUCUGGAGCACAAACUUGAUUUAGCUAGAUCCUUUGUCACUGCCUAACAAGGAUCAUCUUUUCCACACUUUCCAAUAAUAUAAUAAUAUAUUCCUCAUUGUCAUAUGAGGCUUUAUCAGAUUGGCUUUACCAUCCAUCUUCCAAACAACUUUCUGUUGAGGCAUUCUUUUUAUUGAGGCAUUUUCUAAGAAAACUGAAGCUAUUUCUACAGUUGUUCUUUCUUUCUGGACUCUCACCAGAAUCACCUUCCACCAUUCAUGGCAAUGCAGGCUUUUUUCAGCUUGUGCCUCAAAACCCUUCCAGCCUCUACACUAUACCUAGUUCCAAAGCCACUUUCAUAUUUAGGUACAGUACAAACCACUCCUGAUAUCCAUUUGUGUCUUCAUCCCUCUGGGUUGCUGUAAUAGAAUUCCAUAGACUUGGUCGCUUACAAACACCAGAAAUUUAUUUCUCACAAUUCUGGAUGCUGGGAAGCACAACAAGUUCAAAACAAUGACAGGUUUGAAGUCUGGUAAGAGGCCCACUUCGUAGUACAUAGAUAGCUGUUUUCUUGCUUUGUCCUCACAUGACAGAGUGAGUGAGUGAACUCUCUUAGGUCUCUUAAAAGGCCACUGAUCCCAUUGAUAAGGGUUUCACCCUCAUGACCUACUUACCAUGGGGCCCACUUGCUAAUGUCAUCACAUUGUGAUUAGAAUUUCAACAUAGUAAUUUCAGGGGAACACAAAUGUUCAGUCUGUAGCAUCAGUGUAGAGUUAAAAUGUGGCCCUGCUAAUUUCCUAGACCUUAACCCAUUUAAUAGCAAUGUCGGUGGUAUUGGGGGUGGGGGCUUAUUAAGAAGAUUGGCAAGGGGCAGAGGUGUAGGGAGAGGCAGAGGGACUCCAGGAUUUUUGUCCUCUCAAUUCAUUGGUUUUAAUGGUCAAGCUUCUGGUUAGUCAGAGGUGUAGCUGUAUCCCACAGGGUAUCUGACCAGUUGUGAACAACAGAGACCUCCUUUCAUCUCCCUGGGACCUCUUUUCUGACAUCUGUCCUUGCCCCUUUGUAUUCCCCUGGGAUAAUGACAUAUGUAGUUCAGUUAUUACCUCUGAACCUUUGAAUUGAGUCAAAACUGAACAUUGAACAUUGAUUCAUGCUUCCAAGGACAUUUUGAGCAUAGGGCAAAAAUCUAUACUUUAUGUCUUACCAUGCAAAAUGUGACCAUCAUCAAACCUAGCUCACCAGGGAAGAUUAUACAGCCAGCCCAAAUAGGCCAUUAUGAAUAUUCAAAGUUUUACUAUUGAGAACUUAAUAUUUUUUUAUAAAAACAGAUUGAGAAGAUAAAGAAAUUUAAAGACCGUGUAGAUAGGGAGUGGUAUUAAUGAUUUUGAUGCAGGGACAUAUCCCAGGAGUCUUUGGAAUGAAUCUAACUAAGGUUGUUUCUUCUCUGUUUAGAGGAAACUUAUUUGAUGAGUCUGUUCACAGAGGGAAAAAAAGCCAGUUUUAUGUACGAACAUCCUUGAUGAAACAAUAAAAAUAAUUUUAUUAAAUCCAAACCUUUGAGUACAUAUUUUUUGUGUGAAAAAAUUGGGUCCACAUUAAGCAACUGUGCUACACACCGAAGUAUAGCAGGAGUCUUGAGGAAAGCCUCGUGUGACUGAGUCAUGAACUGACCUAGCCAUGAUUGCUGUAGAACACCAUUUUUACUCAAAGAACAUCUGACAAAUGAUGCUUAUUCAAUCUUGGGUUUUUAUUGGUCAUUUUUUAUGAAAACAAAGUGAUCCUGUUUAAGAGACUGAUUGUUGCUAGUGAUACAAAUUUUACUUCAAGUAAAAAUUAAAGUUUUAGGAAACUAGGAUCUAGCCGGGCAUGGUGGUGCA